GUGUUGCUGACAUAAAUUCAAAUUUUAUCUCGCUAAGUUGGAUCCAAUCUUCCUUAAGCGGAUUUCAGUCUUCGCUAAAUUUUGUUAGUUUUGUAGAAUUUGAGUCUUUAUUAUCCAACUACCUACUUAUCCAAUUAUUGAAUGAAACAAUGGAAAGUAGAGGUUAAGUAGAUUCUUGUUCAUUCCUUUUUUUAAGAGAAUAAAAUGUCUAAAGUUGUUGAAAGCACAGUAAAUCCCAAGGAAGAACUGAGCGAGGCUGAGAGCUCGGAAAAUUGCAAGAAUUGUGGAAAAACAUGCGAUCCUUAUGAUAAACCGUCGUUAAAUUGUAGUGGAUGCGACAAAAGGAUACACAUAGUAUGUUUAGAGAGAGGCAGUGUUCCAACGUCUUUCAUAGGGGAUGUUUUCUUCGAGCUUAAUUGUGCUUCUUGCAAUCCACUGGGUGAGGAAACGAUUGUACGCGAUAGAAUGCCAUGGCUCAAUGUCAUCAUCUUGACGCUUUACAAUCUACGUGAAAAAUCAAGUGGUAUCAGUAAAAGAGGAUACUUUCAUUGGAAAUCUGAUAUUAGUACUUUUGUGGACAGAAAUUGGGAUUAUUUGUUCAAGAAAACUGUGAAAAGAAAGAAAAAUUGGAUCGGCACUAUAUCUGGUACACUGUCCCAUUAUAGUGGAGUUUUUUUCAAGUCUGGUACCACCGAAUUGGGGGAAUCUGGAUGGUGGAAAUUAUUAGACAAUGAUCCACCUGAAAUUUUAAUAGCUAGAAAUAGCAAAAUGUUAAAUGAUAAAAAAAAACAUGUUGGUUCGAAACUACCUUCUAAGACAUUAAACAGCCCUGCACCAUCGGAUUCUAGUAUAUCUGUUGGAGAGGAUAGCAACUGUAGCGGGGACUUAUUUAAAAACAAAAAUUCAUUGUUAUAUUCCCAUGCAUAUGUUCAACCUACAGAGACACUGUCUGAUUUUCUAUUUGAAGAAGAUGAGCCAAAUGAUAUGGAUCUCGAGGAUGAUAUAAUAUUACAUGAGAGUGAUGUUCCGUCUAUUUCCGAUUUAAUGAGCGAUUGUCAAUAUGAGAACAACAGUUUUCAUUUGGCACAAUUGAUGGAUAAUUGCGAUUGGUUAUAUAAUUCGAAUUCUUUGUCGCCAAAAUCUACUGCUGAUGAAAUUAAAACAAUAGAGGAAGAAAGAUAUAUAGACGAAGAAAGUACCGACAGCGCCGUUUCUAUACGAGAGCAGCCUCCAGUUUCUUUGUUUAAAGAAACAAAGCGUCAUCAAUGGCCUUGGUCUAAGUCAUUUGCUGCUACUGGUAAUUAUUUUUUAUCAAAUUGCAUGUACAAUAUAAAAAUCUAUAUUUAUAUUAUGUAUAUUCCAGAUGAUAAAAUACCACGCAUGACUUAUCAGGAAGAAUUAUAUUUAUUGCAAAGAAUCAAGAAGACUGAUCUCACGAAAGCACCGCCUGCUGUUAAAAGAUUGUAUAGAAAAUUAGCGGUGCGAAAAAUAAAACGGGAAAACCAACUUCCAUUAUUGGACAUUGAUCGUUUCGGAUCUAAAUUAAGAUCAUCUGCAAUAUUAUCUAAAGAUAACGAACGAGUAUUGGAUCGAUUUUUUAACGACGAUCUGGGAUAUGUUUUUGAACAAAGAUUGCAGGGUCACUAUGAGCCCACGUCUGUACACAGUCCAUAUACAAAUAGACUUUUGAAACCGUUUAUAAGACGAGAUACUUCUUGUCAACCACUAUGGGUAAGGAUUAUGGAAGAGCUGCUGGCGAAAACAAAUAGGAACAAUCCACAAUGGAAACCACCGCCAAAAGCGCCUAUAGAUUAUUCUUACAUUAGACCACAACACAUUCCUGCCAUCAAUAGUCUCUGUAGACAAUUUUUUUGGCCCGAUAUAGAUUUGACCGAGUGUUUGCAAUAUCCAGAUUUCACGUGCGUCGUGCUGUACAAAAAAUUAGUCAUAGGUUUCGCGAUAUUAGUGCCGUAUGUAAGCUAUAACGAGUCUUAUAUCAAUUUUUUCUUAACGCGUCCAGAGUGGCGAAGAUCAGGCAUUGGCACCUUCAUGCUGUAUCAUCUGAUACAAACUUGUAUGGGACAGGAUAUCACGCUACACGUGUCGGUUACCAAUCCCGCUUUAAUAUUAUACCAAAAAUUUGGUUUCAAAGUAGAAGAAUUUAUACAAGAUUUCUAUGACAAGUAUAUGCCUCCGAAUUCACGAGAGUGCAGACACGCUCUGUUCUUACGUUUAAGCAGAUGAUGGGAAAUAAAGUCUUACCGAUCCACAGAAUCUCUUUUGUCUGUAAAACACAUUUUCAUGUUAUUCGAUUCGUUUACAAUAUUCUUCUUCUGCAUCAUCAAAGUUGGGAAAAAUAUUAGUACAAAUUGGAGAAAAUAAAUAGCAGAAAGAGAGAGAGAAGUUCGCUCAGAUUUGAAAUUCGCGCCAAGCAAGAUUGCCUGGUUUGACGUCAUCGACGACGUCGCUGCGGAAAUGGCGUCGAUUCAUUCUCGAAAGUUCCGGAAGCUGCUAGAUGGGAAGUUUAUAUAUAUAUGGACUGCGGGGUUACGCGACAGUUUAGUACGUGACCCAAGAGUAUCGAGUGUCGUUUGGAGAGAUCGUCUCGCGACCAUUCUUUGUGAAGUUUCGCGAGCGUAUGCGUAUCUUUCGUACUCCGAGUGUCCAAACGUGCUUGAAGAAUAGGAAAUAAUUAUAAA